AUGGUAAUGCAUGGACAGUACACAGACCCUAAGAACUGUCCUGGUAACCCUGGACAGUACACAGAUCUUAAGAACAGUCCUGGUAACCCUGAACAGUACACAGACCUUAAGAACUGUCUUGGUAACCCUGGACAGUACACAGACCUUAAGAACAGUCCUGGUAACCCUGGACAGUACACAGACCUUAAGAACAGUUCUGGUAACCCCUGGACAAUAUAUCUACCCCAUGUCUGUCUACUCCGGACCUCUCUAUCUAUCGCAGGUUUGGCGCAGAAUGCGAACCAGCCGGACCCUUGUGAGAGGAAGCAUCGCGUCGCUGAAGAUGUAACUUAUUGCGACAGGUACUGGGAGUGCGUCGCAAGGAAUCCACAGCUUUACGACUGCCCGAAUGGGUUGGUUUUCGUGGGCAGGAACAGGGGCAUAGCUGAGGGCUGUGACUACCCUUGGCGAGGGCCAUAUUGUGAGAAAAAACAACUAGCUAACCCACCCAUUAAGACCGAGCACUGUGAUUGGCUGUACGGUAUAUUCGGUCACGAGACCUCGUGUACCCGUUACUGGACCUGUUGGAACGGUACCGCCACAGAGCAGUUCUGUAUUGGUGGUCUGCUGUACAACGAGGAUACACACUCCUGUGACUGGCCACAGAACGUCAGAGGCUGUCAGAAACACCCACUGUGUAAGGACGACCCCAAUGCCAACGUACCCCUGGGUAAAUCCUGCGAGAGGUACUGGGCAUGCCAGGGGGGAUACCCACGUCUCCAGAGAUGCCCAGCUACGUUAGUCUUCGAUAAGCAGACGCGGAGAUGCGUCAACCCUCCUACGGUAGACUGCGACGUACCGUCGACUACACCCCAUCCUGACGUCGUUGAAGACGAGCGUGUACGUCAGGGACCUAUUGUGUCACGGCCCCAGAGGCGUCGUCCAGCGGCCACCCCGAUAAACGAGCCGGUUCAGGACGAUGCUCCGUUCGUGUCGGAUAAUAAUCUAAAUCCGUCACAGCCUCGACCCCUGCCAGCACUGCCCCAGGGUGGUGGAUUCCGUCAAGCACCUAUCCCAGGGGCUAUCCCUCUUAACUAGGCCCUAUCCCAGGGGCUAUCCCUCUAACUAGUCCCUAUUCCAGGGGCUAUCCCUCAUCUAGAGCCCAUUCUAGGGGAUAUCUCUCAAAUAGACACCAUUCCUAGGGGUCAUGUAAGUUCCCCUAUCCGUCCUCUUAGACGCCCUAGCCCUAAUAGAGUAGACCCUAUCCCAGGGGCUAUAUAUCUUCACUAGACCCUAACUCAGGGGCUAUCCUUUAACUAGACCCUAUCCCAAGGCCAUCCCAGGGGCUAUCCCUCUUAUUUAGACCAAAUUCCAGGGAUUAUCCUCCUAUAGACACUGUCCCAGGAGCUACCCAAUGCCCUAUCCCUCUCUAGAACCCAUCCCAGGGCCAACCUAGGGCCAUCCCAGGGCCACCCAGGGGCCAUCCCCGGGGCCAUCCCAGAGGCCACCUCAGGGACAUCCCAAGGCCACCCCAGGGCCAUCCCAAGGCCAUCCCAGAGGCCACCUCAGGGACAUCCCAAGGCCACCCCAGGGCCAUCCCAAGGCCUGCCAGGGUCACCCCCCAGGGACAUCCCAGGGCCAUAAUCUCUAUAUUAAUAUUCCUCACCCAAAGAUUGCCUGUCCAAUGGUCCUUAGAAAUGGUCCACUGGACCAUAGCCAUGUCCCAGGGCAGUCAGGGUCCUCAGAAAUGGUCCACUAGAUCAUAGACAUGUCCCAGGGUAGUCAUGAUCCUCAGAAAUGGUCCACUGGGCCAUAGACAUGUCCCAGGGCAGUCAUGAUCCUCAUAAAUGGUCCACUGAACCAUAGACAUGACACAGGGCAGUCAUGGUCCUCAUAAAUGGUCCACUGAACCAUGACAUGACCCAGGGCAGUCAUGACCCUCAUAAAUGGUCCACUGAACCAUAGACAUGACCCAGGGCAGUCAUGGUCCUCGGAAAUGGUCUACUAGACCAUAGACGUGUCCCAGAGCAGUCAUGGUCCACAGAAAUAGUCCACUGGACCAUAGACAUGUCCCAGGGCAGUUAUGGUCCUCAGAACUGGUCCAGUGAACCAUAGACAUGUUCCAGUGGAUUUNUGAUAGUAUAUAGUUCUCAUAAAGUAUUAUUCACUUCUACUCACCUCCACUCACUUCUACUCACUUCUACUCACUUCUAUUCACUUCUACUCACUUAUAUUCACUUCUACUCACUUCUCUUCACUUCUAUUUACUUCUAUUCACUUCUACUCACUUCUACUCACUUCUAAUAACAUCUACUCACUUUUACUCACUUC